AUGGAAGGUGAACAUUUGCUUGCCGAAAAUAAGCUUACAGUCUUAGGAUUCUUAAAGAAACUUAAGCACAGAUUCCAAUAUGGCAAUCUCCCUUCUGAUAAUGGAUAUCAGGACGUUCACAAUGACUUCUCUGCAUCUUGGGGUUUUCAAUAUGAUUCACAUCCAGGACCUAUUGAAGAAGCACUUGUAGAUGCAAAGAAUUUGAACCGGUCAUUGUUUAUUUUCAUUUAUUGCCGCGAAAAUUUAAUAACUCAGCCAGUAAUCAAUGUAUUGUCUUCAGAUUCAGUUUCGCAAGAAAUGCAACGUAGCUUUUUGUUCCUACCUCUCGAUAUUACAACGCCAGACGGUAUUAAUGUAGCAAAUAUGUUAAAAUUCCAUUCAUUGCCUCUAAUCGCUUUAGUUCGUCCACGAGGUACAUCAUUAGCUCAAUCACAGAUAUUUGUUCAGCAUGAGGGCUUGAUUGGCGAAACAGUUUUGCUUUCUUACAUUCGAAUCGAACAUAAUGAGACAGAGAAUGCCCAAGCAACUGUCGUUAACGAUCAGGAUGCUGCUUAUCAACGGGCGCUCGAACGUGAACAAGAAAGAAUCAGACAAGAAGAAUUACAUCAAGAAGAAGAAGAAUUACAGGAAGAAACCAACAAAGUACUUCAGCAAACAGUUGAUGAAGCAUUUGCAUCACUUCCUUCACCGCCAACAACAGGAGAUAGAGUUACAGUCAAAUUCCAAUUUCCAAAUGCAAAUUCAAACCAAACAAGGGCAUUUCCACGCGAUGGUCCAACAUCUAUGUUAUUUACAUUUGCUAGAAAGUUUGUUUUUCCAGAAGAAUUUGUUAUUAAAGCUGGAUUUCCUCCAAUUGAAAUCGAGGAAUCAGAAACUCCAAUUUCUCAGGCUAUUCCAGAAAAACAUUUUGUUUGUUAUGUUGAAAUUCAAUAA